AAAGCAUUCUUUUCUAUUUUCUCUCCAAACUCCUUCCCUCUCACGUACAAAAGCAUAAGGAUUUUUAUUUUUUAUUUUUAUUUUCUCCUGACACCCUUUCCUUCCAACCGAACGAAAGCAUGAGAGUUUUUGUUGGACAGUACCGUCAAUAUAUUUGUCAAUUAAUGAUAAACUAGUGUUGUUACACGAUGGCUUGAUUAAGAUCUAAGUUCGCUCUUCAAACGCCUAUUCGACACAACAAAGUACUGUCUCUCUAAAGUGCCUUUUCUCGUAAUCAAUCUCUCUCUGCAUAUACAUAUACAUUCCUACACAUAUUGAUGGACCAGGUUUUUUGAACAACAACGGCAAAAAGAGGUUCAGCAGAUCUGCCUCCAUUGACAUUAACGACCAUGAGUGAAAGAAUUUGAGGAAAUUUCAGGACUUUCAUUUAAAGAGGAUUUUUGGCAGGGGUUAUGAGCGUGAUGGGCUUUAUUACUUUCGGGAACCACCUGGAAUGGGAAUAUCUUCAUCUGGAGAAUCUUGAAGUCCUCAUCUCCACUAUAACUGAUAGAUGCCAGUGAGGUUUGACUGAGGAAUUCUGUUUUUUGGUGUGUAUAUGCGGAGAUGAAAGGAGGAAACUUUAGUAGAUUUUGGGGGAGACAAUUUUCUUUUACUAUGGUUCUUAUUUUUACUACCUUUUUUCUAUGGUCUUGGGAGAAAAACCCUCUUCUCACGACUUUGCUCUCAGCUCAAGAUCAGUUCAUAAUGCCUUCUUCAGAUAUGCACAUAGAUGAUUACAGUGAUUUGGCAGUGUCUUUACACUCAACGAAGCAUAUAGCGAAAGAACAGUCACAUUCACAAGUGGCUGAUGAUACAAGAAAUGCUGAAACAGUGCAAGGUUUUGAUAAAGCACUAGUGAAUAUAACAUCCACAUUCUCUUCUGAAAGAAAAGAUAAUGACAAGAUUCUUAGGUCAUCUUUCAAGAAGAAAGUUUGUAAUUAUGCGAAGGGUAGAUGGGUUGCAGACAACCGCCACCCACUGUAUUCUGGGUUUGGUUGUAAGCAGUGGUUAUCGGACAUGUGGGCAUGUAGACUGACCCAACGCACAGAUUUUUCUUAUGAGGGAUAUCGUUGGCAACCAGAAAAUUGUGAGAUGCCAGAAUUUGAAGGGUCAAAUUUCUUAAGAAGAAUGCAGGACAAAACUAUUGCUUUUGUAGGAGAUUCCCUGGGCAGGCAGCAAUUCCAAUCUCUCAUGUGCAUGGUCACUGGUGGUGAAGAGAGAUUGGAAGUUCAAGAUGUUGCAUGGAAAUAUGGUCUUGUCAAUCCUCGUGGAGCAAUUCGUCCUGAUGGCUGGGCUUAUUAUUUUCCGGACACCAACACUACAAUCUUGUAUUACUGGUCAGCAAGCCUUUGUGGCAUACAGCCCGUUAACGACACAGAUCCAGCAACUGAAUUCGCCAUGCAUUUGGACCGCCCUCCAGCAUUUUUGAACCAAUUUCUGGAUCACUUUGACGUUCUGGUUCUUAAUACAGGACAUCAUUGGAACAGAGGGAAACUCAAAGCAAAUAGGUGGGUGAUGUAUGUAGACGGAAAGCCUCUUGAAGAUAGGAAGCUUGCACAAAUGGGGAAUGCAAAAAAUUUCACAGUUUAUAGUAUUGCCAGAUGGCUUGAUUCGCAAAUUCCUUCACAUCCACAGCUUAAAAUUUUCUUUAGGACCAUCUCACCAAGGCAUUUCUUUAAUGGGGACUGGAACACUGGAGGGAGCUGUGAUAAUACCACUCCAUUGGCUGGUGGGAGUGUUGUUUGGCAAGAUGAAUCCAGUGAUCCUGUUAUUUCUGGUGCUGUUAAGGGCACAAAGGUGAAGAUUCUGGAUAUAACUGCACUUUCUCAACUGAGAGAUGAAAGUCACAUAUCGCGCUACAGUAUAAAAGCAUCGGAGGGCGUACGGGAUUGCUUACAUUGGUGUCUACCUGGCAUUCCCGACAUAUGGAAUGAAAUCCUUUGUGCACAAAUAUAGGGUUAAUCAUGUCAUCUGAACAUGGCAUUAAGGCAUAGUCAGUAGAAGCGGCAUUCAAUUCAGUCCCAAUAACCAAGUAUUGUGUUUCUUAAAGGUACAGUGAUAACAUAGAAGAGAGUUAAAUAACCAAGUAUUGUGUUUCCAGUGAAAACUUAGGAGGUAUUCAAUUAUCCAGAUAGAAUGUCAAAUUGAUAGUUAUCUCAUGGAUUUCUUUUGUAAGUUCAAAUUGCAGUUAGAUUAAGAAAGCAGCCUUGCGGCUUUUUGUUCU